AGGCGGCGGCGGCCGCCAACGCGACGGGCGUGCGGGCGCUGGCCGCGCUGCGGCGUCCCGCCGGCGACGCGCAGGAGAUGGGUCGGCUGGAGGCGGAGCUGGCGGAGGCGCAGCGCGCCGUGCGGGAGUUGGAGGCGUGGGGGCACGCGGAGGCGGGCGUCCAGGAGCCAGGGGACGCAGGGGAGGAGGCCGAGGAGGCCAGCGGGGAGAAGGCCGCGGAGGGGGGCGUCAAACAGCCAGAGGACGCGGGGGAGAAGUCCGAGGAGGCCACCGAGGAGAAGGCUGCGGAUGAGGACGUCAAGCAGCCAGGGGACGCAGGGGAGAAGUCCGAGGAGGCCACCGAGGAGAAGGCCGCGGAUGAAGACGCCAAAAAGCGAGUGGUCGCAGGGGAGAAAUCCGAGGAGGCCACCGAGGAGAAGGCUGCGGAUGAGGACGCCAAAAAGCCAGAGGACGCGGGGGAGAAGUCCGAGGAGGCCACCGAGGAGAAGGCUGCGGAUGAGGACGUCAAGCAGCCAGAGGACGCGGGGGAGAAGUCCGAGGAGGCCACCGAGGAGAAGGCUGCGGAUGAGGACGUCAAGCAGCCAGUGGUCGCAGGGGAGAAGGCAGAGGAGGCCACCGAGGAGAAGGCUGCGGAUGAGGACGUCAAGCAGCCAGUUGUCGCAGAGGAGAAGCCUGAGGAGGCCACCGAGGAGGAGGCUGCGAACGAGGCCACCGAGCCGAAGGCUGCGGAUGAGGCCGACGAGCUGCCGGCGGUUGCGGGGGAGAGCGCCGAGGAGGUCGCCGAGCAGAAGGUUGCGGAUGAGGGCGUCAAGCAGCCAGUGGUCACGGAGGAGAGCCUCGAGGAGGCCACCGAGCCGAAGGUUGCGGAUGGGGCCACCGAGCCGAAGGCUGCGGAUGAGACCGAGGCCGCGGAGGAGAAGGCUGUAGAUGCGGCCAUCAAGCAGCUGGAGGCGGAGAUGGUGGAAGCACAGCUGCCAGCGUCUGAGGGCGUUCAGCAGCCAGUGGUCGCGGAGGAUAGGGCCGAAGACGUUACCGAGCAGAAGGCUGCAGAAGAGGACGUCAAUCGGCCAGCGGUCGCAGGGGAAAAGUCCGAGGAUGCAACCGAGCAGAAGUCUGCGGAUGAGGCCGUCGAGGAGGCAGUGGUCGUGGAGAAGAAGGCCGAGGAGGCCACCGAGCAGGGGGCUGCGGAUGAGGCAGGCGAGCAGCCAGUGACCGUGGAGCAGAAGGCCGAGGAGGCAACCGAGCAGGAGGCGGCGGCCGACGAUGCGGAGAAGCAGGGGGUCGCACAGAAGACGAUCGAGGAGGCCACCGAGCAGAGCAAGCCCCCCCAGGCUGUCGCUGUCGACGAAGACGCUGCCGCCAAGGCUCUGGAGGCGACCAUCAGGGCUGCAGCAAAGGCGUUCGACGACGGGGCUGCAUCACCGGAGGAUGCAGAGGAGUCCAGGCAGUCCUCGUCCGGCGGCGGGAGCGCAGGUGACCCAGCGGAGGACAUGCCACAAUCCACGACGGCCGCCCAGACUGAGGUUCAGCCGCCGCAGGCUCCGACCGACAAUGCGAUGACACACGCCGACGCCAGCGAGCACGAGUCGCAGACGACGCCGAUGCCGAGGACAUACUCCGACGAGGGGCUCAUGCCGGCUCUGCCAAAGCAUACAGGUUGUUACGUGUGGUUGCCCACGGGGUGCCCAUUGAGGAACCUCAGCGUGCGCAGCGAGUGGAAGAGGGAUGUCUGGGGCGAGGAGCACAAGGAUGCAAAGUCGAGCACGCUGGCGUGCAAGAGUCGCAAGUUCGUGUUUGACCACUGGUGCGGAGUGCACAACACCGUCGCGGUCCAUGUGAACGCUCACGAGCAGGACGACGCGAGCAGCGCUCAGAACGAGCUUGCCGAAUCCGAUGCGUCGCCAUCUGCGGGCGGCCCUGCGAGCCAGGAGGCUCAGCCCUCGGACACCGCGGACGGAGGCGCUGAGCAGGUGGAUGAGCUCCAAGUCAUCAGCGGGUACCCGUCGCGGCCCGGGUGCUACUUCCGCCAGCCCUCCAAGUGCCCUGCAAAGCCGAUGUAUUCGUCAAUGUGGAGGCACGACACCUGGGCCGAGGAGCAAUACCUCGACGAGGCGGGGUGCCAGGACCGCAAACGCUACUGGGACAAGUACUGCGAGGCCGAGGACACGAAGGUGGUGCACAUCGGCAGCGAGGGCAGCACCCCCGCGGCCCACGUGCACGAUCACGAGCAGGACGACGCGAGCAGCGCUCAGGACAGCGAGCAGGACGACGCGAGCAACGCUCACGAUGCGGACGGCUUCGACCACAGCUCGACCACCGCGGGAGGAGGCGCUGAGCAGGUGGAGGAGCUCAAAGUCAUCAGCGGGUACCCGUCGCAGCCCGGGUGCUACUUCCGCCAGCCCUCCAAGUGCCCCGCAAAGCCGAUGUAUUCGUCAAUGUGGAGGCACGAUACUUGGGCCGAGGAGCGAUACCUUGACGAGGCAGGGUGCAGGGACCGUAAGGGCUACUGGGACAGAUACUGCGAAGCCGGGGACACGAAGAUGGUGCACAUCAGUGCCGAGGACGUUGGCGCGCCGGCUCCCCAGCACGGCGCGGAGUCGACGGCGGAGGUCUCUACGCCGACGGCACAGCCCAGCCAGGACCUGGAUCUUGCGCUUCCACCCCAUCUCGCCUCGAAGGUGCCCGAGCUGCCCCAGACCGCGGGGUGCUACGUGUGGCUGCCGAGCGGGUGCCCGCAGCACAACCUGGACGCGAAGGACAGGUGGAGGCGGGACGUCUGGGGCGAGGCGAACAGGAACGCCAAGGCCGACCCGUCCGCGUGCAGGAGCCGGAAGGAUGCCUACAACCAUUUCUGCAACGUGUCCGACGCGGUGAUGCUCCACGCGGCCGCCCCCGACGAGGAGCACGGCGAGGGCGAGACGCCAGCGGCGUAGUCUGCUGGCAGCCCGCGGCAGCGCGUCCGGCGUGCGUCGGCGCACGGGCGCGCGCGCGCGUGCACACGGCGAGGCGCGCACCGGGUGCGGUCCCUGCAGCGCCAGCAUGCGCGGCGGCGUGCAUCCGGCUGGGAGCGUCGGUCCAGCGUCAACGGCACCGAUUGCAUAGGAGACGGAAAGGGGAUACGUUUCGAGGAGGAUGACGCGUGGCAAGUCCACUGGGCGCGAGCGGCAAAGGCAUGCUGUGAUUCUUGCGCGGCUGCUCGUAUCACUCUAGAGACGCAAUGCUUUUCUGCACUCGGAUUGCUUGUGCAGAGUAGGGCCACGGCAGAGACGGAUCCGGAUUGCGGCCUUCC